AUGGCCUCUAGGAAAUGCGCUGCGGUCGUCGUGGGCGCUGGCCCUGGCGGUGUGGCCGUCGUGGGCAACCUCCUGGAGCGCCAGCUGGGCACAAUAACCUGGGUGGAUCCCAGCUUCGAGGCUGGCCGCGUGAAUCGCAAAUACCGCGAGGUUCCUAGCAAUACCAAAGUGGCCCUCUUCCAGGCGUAUGCCACGGCCGUGCAGCCCUUCAAGACGGUGAUCGACAACACCCCCACGCCCAACGCCUUCUCCACCAUGGCCAAGCUGGACCAGGAAAAGACAUGCCACCUGCACUACGCCGCAGACAUGAUCCGCGGGCUCACGGACGGGCUGAUGAAGAUGGACCAGGUCCACGCCUGCCGUGGCUUCGUCACAGCAGCCUCCCUCAGCGAGAAGGUAAAUACACACCCCACCCAACGCACCCCACGCAGAUCCGAUCCGAAGGCCUCCCUCCCUAGGGCCACUGGGUCCAUACAUCUGCGUGUCGCACGCAGGAAGGCUAAUAAUGACACCAUCGCCCGUACUCAGGCAUCCAACGGCGAAUCCCAAUGGACCGUCCGCAUCAAGCAGCACGGCUCGCCCGACGAGCUCGAGAUCCAAACAGCACGCCUCAUCCUCUGCACAGGCUCCCACCCCACCAACAUCCCCGUCCCAGUACCUGGCUUGACAAUCACUAGUCUGGACCUAGACACGGUCCUCAAGCCCUCCGAGCUCGCAACCAUCCUCCCGCCGACCACCCCCUCGACCGUCGCCGUCGUCGGCGCCUCGCACAGCGCCAUCCUGGCCCUCCUCAACCUGGUCACGCUCGCCCGCACCUCGCACCCGCAUCUGCGCGUGAAGUGGUUCACGCGCCACCCGCUCCGCUACGCCGAGUACAUGGACGGCUGGAUCCUGCGCGAUAACACAGGGCUGAAGGGGUCGGCGGCGGACUUUGCGCGCACCCAGCUGGAAGACGAUCAGCUGGCAACCUCGGAUGCUGGCGAGAUUAUCACCAAAAUCAACUGCGGCGGCGGCGAGGCCCGCGAGGCGGCGCAGUAUCGUGCUCACUUGCCUAGCUGCUCGCAUAUCGUCCAGGCAGUUGGCUUCACGCGUGAUCCGCUCCCGCAACUGACGAGGGGCGGGGCCCCGUUGACGAUGGAGUUUGAUCAUUCGUCUGGUUGCUUCCAUGAGCGCGGGGGUGGCCCCGUUAUUCCCGGUCUGUUUGGAGCGGGCAUUGCGUUCCCUGAGCAGGUGGUUGAUCCUCGUGGGAAUGUGGAGUAUGCGGUGGGCUUCUUCAAGUUCAUGAAGUUUUUGAAGAGGGUUGUUCCGUCGUGGACGGCCGCUUGA